UAAACCCUUCUAAGAGAUUGAGAUUUAAGCAGGGCACUGGUUUGUUUAUUUUCUGGUUUAUUUAACUGGGGUGCCUUCCUUUUUCUCUCUGCAAAUUUAGGGCUUAAUAUGUGUGCUGCAACAACUCGGAUUCGAGCUCAUACCGGACAUGGUGUUCCUCUCGUGGUGCUGCAUUUCCCUGAGAGCCUGUUUUUAUCAAAGAGGUCCAGAGACUGUAGUGCCGCAGCUGAUGCCUGCUGCGAUGCAAGGAUUAUCCUAUAUUUUGACGUUAGACUUGAAAAACCUGCCUCUUAAGGUACUGUUGGAAUUCAUGAAUUGAUAUACUUCAGGUUUGGAAUAGGGAAUGAAGCCAUUGGUCCGUGUAGUGUAGGAUAAAUGUAUUUAUAUUGAAUGUUUACUGUAAAUUGUCUGUCUGUGUUGAAAUUAUUUUGAUUUUGGAAACGUUGUUUGAACUUCUUUCUAUCUUCCAGUUUUAAUGCUACUCAAAACUAAUAUGCAAUCUCUCUGUCUCCCUCUAUGGAAGUUCACCUUACUUUGUUCAGUUCUAGAAUCUCAUUGACAUUGUCAAUGGGGCAUAAGAAGCUGCUAAACAGUAAAUUUCAGCUAAUUUC